AGAAACAUUCAGAGUCAAACAUGAAGAUACUGAGGAACAAACAGGCCUGAUGAAGCUGAAAGAGGAGAGUCAAGACAUGAACGAAAUAGAAGAGAAAAAUCAGGAUGAGAAAUGUCAUGAUUUCAUGACUGGGGAAAAAUCUGUUAGUUCCUCACAGACUCAUAAAACAGAUUCUAGAAACCUCCAGAUAAGAGUUCACACUGGAGAGAGCUCUUUGACCUGCCAACAGUGUGGAAAGAGUUUCAGUCGAAAAGGAAGCCUUAAAGUCCACAUGAGAAUUCACACUGGAGAGAACCCUUUCAUUUGCACUCAGUGUGGAAAGAGAUUUAGACAGAAAAAUACCCUUGAUACCCACUUGAAAGUUCACACUGGAGAGAAGCCUCACACCUGCCAACAGUGUGGAAAGAGUUUCAGUCGAAAAGGAAGCCUUAAAAUCCACUUGAGAGUUCACACUGGAGAGAAGCCAUUCAUAUGCACUCAGUGUGGAAGGAGAUUUAGAUAUAAAGAAAGCCUUAGAGCCCACAUGACAGUCCACAGUGAAGAGAAGCCAUUCAUAUGCUCUCAGUGUGGAAAGAGAUUUAGACAGAGAACAUACCUUAAUGCCCACUUGACAGUUCACAAUGGAGAGAAGCCUCACACCUGCAAUCUGUGUGGGAAGAGCUACACAGUGAAAGGAAAUCUGAAGACUCACAUGAAAGUACACACAGAAGAGAAGCCGUUCAUAUGCUCUCAUUGUGGAAAGAGUUUCAGACAUAAAGAAAGUUUUAAUAAUCACAUGAGGAUUCACUCGGGGGAGAGUCUUUUUAAAUGUCAUCAGUGUGAAAGGAGUUUCACUGACAGUAAUCACCUUCAGAAUCAUGUAAAAAAUCACACCGCAGUGAAACCUUACAUAUGCCGUCAGUGUGGAAAGAGUUUCACAUACAGAGCAAACCUUGAGGAUCACAUGAGAAUCCACACUGGAGAGAAGCCUUUCACCUGCCCUCAGUGUGGAAAGAGCUUCACGGUUAAAGGAACCCUAAAGAUUCACAUUAGAGUUCACACUGGAGAGAAGCCUUACAAGUGUCUGGAGUGUGAAGAGUGUUUCACACGUCACACAGAACUGAAACGGCAUUUGCAAACUCAUGUAACGACUGAGACAAAUCAGACAAUAUUAAACAAAUAAUUUUUUAAAACUCACUCUGAGGUCACGUUUUAUUGUGCUGAAGUAUGUGUUUCCACAGAAGAGCAGAGACACAUUGAAAACCUUCAAAACAGACUUUCCUGCAUUAAUAUAUAGACAGGCUGUUCGUAAAUGAACAUGCAUAUUCAUAGGACAUGGCAUCCAUUAUUACCGUUUGUGUAUUAUCUCUUGUUUUUUGUAUUCAGUGAUGUAUGCAUAUUUUAUGAUAAGAACCCAUGGUUAAUGUAAACUCACCUAUACCAAGUUUGGUGUCUACGAGUUUGUAUUUUGAAGAUUUAAAUGAUAUGAUAUAUUGAUAGCUAUGCAACAUAUCAGUAUUACAAGAAUCUUUAAUAGUUUCUUCAAAACAACUCAGCCAGUUUAACAUGCAGAUCCCCUGCCACAAACGCAAGGGCUUGUGAAAAAAGCCCCCACAGGAGGAAUGUUGUCGCUCUGAAACCCAACCUUCUCAUUGGUCAGGUCAACCGUAAGAGGUGUGACUUCGACCUGAGGUUAAAAGCCAGCACACAAUGCUCAUUCCUCUCUCUCUUGCUUUGACGGACUGACGCCCUGCAGGGCGACCUCUUCAGGUCAUGGCCUGUAGUCCUAAACCUGCACCCCAGCCAUGUGCUCAUCUAGAAGGGAAAAAGAACUCUUUCCUACUACAAGAGUCAAAUUAACAGCUUAAGUUGUUUCAUAUUUCUUCACCCAAAGCAGAAGAUAUUGAUUAUGACUUAGGACCAAACCAUCAAGGAUUUCUCCUCAGCCUGCAGAUCCGAUGCUCCUCAACAGAGUAAAGACAUUUUCCAAGUAUCGUACAUUUGAACACUAAACAGUGAUUUAGUACUAAUUUGUGAACCACCUUUGUUAGCAAAGGUGCUUUAUUACUGAGAAAAAAAGAUGAUGAAUCUUUUCCAGAUUGUUUUUGACUUUUUCCCAUAGCUCCAUUUUCUGUCCCACUUACGGUUCAACUCUAUCAUUGCUCAUUUUUACCUAUGUAUGUGUGUGACCUGAGUGUAUGUUAGUUUAGUUAUGUGUUCAUGAUUUAGUUAAUAAAACUUGUGUACAAUA